AUGCCUCCCGAGAGCCUCGUCUCGACUCGCGAGGAGACGACGCGGACUGCCGUUACGAUGGUGCUCCUGCUGCGGAGAAUCGUCAUGCCCCCACUUCCGAUAAGAUACGGGUUGAACUGGUCAGUUCACCUUCAGAGCUCCCCCGCGAUGAAUUUGCAAAGCUCCAGCACCGGCGUCCUCAAACAGUCUGGUGGCAGUCAGUCCUCUCAACCGUCUCCCUCCACGGCGUCCAUCAUGCUCGCCACGACGAUACGGUCGCCGCCCUCGGUGGACGACUACACCCCCCUCUCCGAGUACCAGUCCCAAACGCCAGAAUCGUUCAGCGGCGGUAAACCAGUGCUGCACUUCCACCUCAAGGGAGCUGUCGCAUCCAUCCCCAGGGCGCAAUGCGGCACGCUGGCCAUCUUCCCCGCGGACUCGCCUGCGGCCGAGAAUGCCGUGGAGAGCACAAACGGUGACACGGAGGGGCUGGUUGAGCAAAAGGUUGAUGUUUUUGUGAACUCAGACGAACAGACCGAGUCGGGCGUCUCAAUCCCCUACCCUUCCAUCUCCAUCCACGCUGUCAAGCAGGUCAGCGCGCGUGAAGGCACCAGCACCCCGGCCAUAUGGAUGCAGCUAGAGUUCUCGGACGGCGGCGCCGACGACGACGACUUCAACACGGUUGAGCUUACGAUUGUGCCGGCGUCAAGCGAGCCGCCCCAGACGGCGCAGCAGCUGUACGACGCCAUUGCCAAUUGUUCAAACUUGCACCCGGAUCCGACCAACGGAGACGAAGACGGGGACGAGGAAAACGACUACGACCGCAUAGUAUUUGAGGGCAACGCGGAGCAAGAGGCCGUCGAGGGGUUCACGGGGGUUUUGCGCGGCACGGCCGACGGGGGAUUGCCGCCGCCCAUGCCGGGCAGUGGCGGUUGGAUUACUGCGGAAAACGUGCACGAGUAUUUCGACGAGGACGGGAAUUGGAUUGGGGGCAGCAAUGGAGAGGGCGAGGCAGAGGAGCUGGGUGAUGGCGCGGGCAGGACAAGGCCCAGAGAGGAGAUUGACGACGAUGGCGUCAAUGGCGACGACGCCGAGAGCAAGCGCCCAAGGGUUGAGUAG